UUUAACCUAAAUGAAUAGGGAUUUCACGAGCUCAACAAUAUAAAAGGGUGUGGAGAACUACCAUUUGAUUAUUUUACAAAGGCCUUUCAAAAUUAUCAUUUUUAAAGGGGCUACCCAAUCCAUGGUUAUAGAAAAGGGAUGUAGUGUGCAUACUAUAGAUUUCUGUUUUCAAUGGAAGGUACACAAUGUGUAUUACAGGGGUACUCUUUUUGUCAUAAAUUGUAUAUAAAAGGGUAAGAGUUUAGACCUGGGGGUAGAGUCCCAUGUAUUAAACUUUGUUCUGUUAUCCUCCUGGGCUAGAAAUCCAGUCGGUGGUUUGGGACACUGCUUAAAAUUUAUAAAGAUUUAAUGUAUCUUUAUCUUCCAAUGCUGUUUAAUUGUUUGUUUGUUUUUUCUGUAGUUCGCCCAGUUAUUGAGUUGUUAGGGCCUAGCGAGCCCUUGCAUGAAGGAGACAGUGCCAACCUGACUUGUAAAAUUAUUAAAGGUUUGCCUGAACCACAACUGUCCAUUUUUAAAAAUGGGGACCUUCUGCUUGAUGAGAAGACUACGUUAACUCUGCUCUUGGCAAAUGUAACAGAAAGAGACGAGGCAAGGUACACCUGUAAAGCACGCAAUGCCGGUGGCAAUUUCACUGACAGCAUAUAUCUAACAGUUAAAACUCCACCUGUACUGUAUCCUGGACUCAUGAAUCGUUCUGUUGAACUGAAUUCCACGUUUACUAUGACAUGCAUUGAAAGUGGUGAUCGUCCGCUACAGAUUAACUGGACUAAGAAUGGCGUGGAUCUUGGUAACAGAAACAAUAACACCUACACUGUGGAUCACGUGACUUUCGACCAUGCAGGCCUGUAUGGAUGUACGGCGGUAAACUGGGCAGGAAAGACGCACACUAUGUUUUGGAUUGACGUAACAGUCUCUCCUCAGAUUUGUGUUUCUCCAAGCAACAAGUCUGUCCCUGAAGGUUAUCCAGGAAACUUCAGCUGCAAAGCCACAGUUGUUCCCGAGCCAAAAUUGUCCUGGAAAUUUAAUGAUGGGGACCUCCCAUCAGGUGUCAAUCAAACCAGUCUUGGUAAAGGAUCAUUCUUGGAGUUGCUUCACACUACAAAACACAUGGAAGGCAUCUACAAGUGUACUGCAGAAAACAAAGCAAAUGCAACAACUUCCUCGGCAUAUCUUCAUGUGUUUGAAAAACCCAGUGCUGAAGUAAGCCCAAGACCUUAUCCAAAACUGACAGCAGGAGAUGAGCUUAGAUUAACUUGUAAAGUCAAUAGAGCGACUGUGGCGAUCGCAUGGAAGAAAAAUGAUGACGAAGUAAUCCCAAGAGCACAGAUUGAUACAGGAGUAGAUGGCAGAUUGAGCAAACUUUUUAUUGAGGGCGUCGUGGAAGGUGAUAGUGGUGAAUAUUCGUGUGAGGCACGUAACAGACCAGGUAUCGUGGCUCGCUCUACUGUGAAGAUCAAUGUCAUGGGUUCUAUUGCCAAGCUGGCUCUGGAGUGGUAUUAUAUUGUGGGAACCGUGUUUGGCUGUAUUGUCAUAUUUGCUGCUGGUUAUAGCAUUUGCAAACGUCGAAGAGCAGGUAAAAACGACCACUGAUGCGCAGUAUCUCAUCUUAGUUCUCCUUUUUGCUAUUAAACCAGAUUUUGUUUUAAGGAAGAAAUAGUCAGUGUUGAUGUACCCAUACAACCAAUCAUGGAUUCGCAAGAAAUUCUUUAUUUUUAUUUUUCAGUCGGUAACAUGAAACGCAUGACUUUCUAGUAAGACUGCUAAGCCCAGGGGAUAAAGUUUUGCUUGCUAAUUUAGCAACAUCAAUAGCAAAUACCAAUUUUUAGAACAUGGGUGUCCUUCUCUGACAGUGUCUUUGGUAAAAUUAAAUGAGAAUUGUUGUUUUUGAUUCUACCCACUCACCCUCUUUAGGGUAUUUCUAGGUCCGGCAUACAUGAACCCUGGUUUGAUUGUGUUUGCUUCUUUUGUUUCUUUCUUUCAUACAAAUGUAUCUUUCGUUACAUGUAUGUUUCACUGGGUGUAAACAGCUGUGGCAAAACUGUAAGUCAAAUGUCAACUUGUUUAUAUUUUAAAAACUUGUACGUGGUCACACUACGUUUGCCUUUUGCUUUUUGUCUAUCCACCAAUCACCGCAUGUAAGCAUCUAUCUUCAAAGCGGCAUUAUCAUGAAAAUGCCUUUGAAAAGACAAAAUCCAAAAUAUACAUUCGCAUCAAUGGUAACCUAAAAGCAGUGGUGUCGUUUGUUAGAAAUUACUAUGCUACUACAAUGAAGCUCUCAAAGGGGUUUAUCACGAGUUCUGAGAUUGAAAUUCUACCUUUGCCUCUCCCUUUUAAUAAGAAAUGUCCUCGGUAAAUUAAUUAGUACGGCGGGCACGUUUCUUGUAUGAGUGUAAGAUACUUAGUCAUAAGUUUAAGACUGUAUUGGCCAAAGUGUGACAAGAUUCUCAUGAACUGCACCUU